CUGAUUUUUUUUUACAUAAUUUACACUUUAUAGAGAACAUGAUCAUAAGUUUUUACAAAAAAAAACCAUUCAGAAAACUUCAACAAAUUCCACCCGAAAAAUUGUUAUUGUAGCAUGGAAAAUGAACCUAGUCACACAUAUUACAAAAAACUAAACUUUGACCUAUUUUUGUCCAAUAUUUUUGGGCCUAGGGUGCCCUUGCACCCUCCUAGGGCCGCCCAUGCAAAUCCGCAACAGGGCCGCACCUGGUCGCAACCGGCCGCAUCCGACGGCAACCCACCGCAUCAAUGCUAUCUCUGCCCAAGUCGUCCGUUCUUUUAUCCAUUCAUCUCAUUCCAAGCUGCUUCCUAUCUCUUCCUUUCUUUCCACAAGGAAUCAAGAUCACUUGCAAGAAAUUUAAGGAUUAGAAUGAAGAUGAAGAUGACAAAUUAUUGGGCCUCUGUCACUUUCGCCGACUCCGCUUCUCUAGUCAAACUUGAAAAAAAAAU